AUGUCUGCGAAUAGCUCUAAGAAGAGGAAAAGAGACGGCUCAGUUGAGUUGAAGGUAUGUGUUAUAUGUAACAGUAGAUGCAACGAUAUUCUACAUGAAGGCACAGAGGGGACUAGCGAAGUUAAAAGAAGCAACCAAUGCGAGAUGCAACGCAUUUAAUGACACAAGCUACAAUGAGGCAAUGCAUCACAUAUGUAUUGCAUUUGACUCUUCCCUUGCCGGUGAUCCCGAACUGGUUUGGCAUAGGAAAUGUUACUCAGACUUCACUCAUAAAGACAAAAUUAAGCGCUUGACCGAAACUGUGCAAAGUGAUAACACAUCUAAACAAAGAAGGGAGUCAUCUGAAGGCAUGCUGUCUGGUGUUUCUACUUCAGAGGCUUGCUCAACAAGGUGA